AUGACCCUUGCCACGGAAUUCGCUGAGACGACCCGUCGUUCCCUUACCCACCCUGACAUGAGAAAGAGGGUCAUCCACUUGUACAGAAGAUUCAUCAGAAACUCCAGGGAGUUCUCCAACUUGUACGAGUUGGAUAUGCCAGUGUCCAACGUCAAGACCAAGAUAAGACAGGAGUUUGAAAGACAGAGAUUUGUGAACGACUUGGAUGUUACCAACGUUCUUUAUAUGAAGGGCCAGAUGGAGUUCCAGGAAUUGAUCAACUUUUGGAAGCAGCAGUGUCAUGUCAUGAGAUACUUCGAGGACCAAGAGAGCUACAACAACGUUGACAAGAACGAUUUCGUCAGAAACUUCUUGAGGGGCAACUAA